UGCAUGAAUAUCAAUAGAUUUGUAAUCCGUUAACGUUCAUCAUUUCAUACUAAUAUGUCUUAUUUUGGCGUGGGCGUAUAUUUCUUGUCUGUUAUUUGGCUUGUAGCUAUAUUUUUUUGCUGGGUAUCUGUGCGAACCGGUCAUUACGUUGGUAAAGUUGCAGUAGUUUUUGCCAUAAUUCUAACGAUUAUUUUGGUAUCUUUGCCUAGGGCAGAUGAUAUUGAGUCAUCGGUUGCCAAUUUUUAUGACAGAACUUAUAUUCCUCGUUAUGCUAUUCUAACAUUCCUAGUAUUAAGUGUUAUUUUGGGUUCUGUGUAUUGUUUUAUUCAUGUGUGCUUAACUCCUGUGGAAACUCGAAAGAUAAAGAAAUUCGGUUUGGUAAACUAAACACGUAGUGACAAUGUGCAGUGCCAUGUGUCAAGGUUUAAAGUCGCCAGUCAGGAGGCUAGCCAACUUGAGGAGAGCAAAGCAUAUAUCAACGUCAAUAGUGCACAAUGAAACCAUACUCGUUAAGAACAAUGAUGAUUUUGUUAAUAAGGUAAUGAACAAUGAUAAGCCAGUAAUCGUAAAUUUCCAUGCAGAGUGGUGUGAGCCCUGUAAGAUCCUAACUCCGAAGCUAAAAGAACUAAUUGAACCCUUAAAUAACCUAGAUCUUGCUAUUGUUGAUGUGGAGGAAAAUGCUGACCUUGUGCAUACAUUUGAAGUAAAAGCUGUGCCAGCGGUUAUAGCGGUCAAAAACGGUUUAAUAGUGGACAAAUUUAUUGGACUAGUUGAUGCGGACAUGAUUAAUAGUCUAAUAGACCGGAUGUCCGGUAAAAAGAAAGACGAAGCGUAACUUCCGGAAGUUGUCUAUGCUAUCAGGAUUG